AUGGUGAGGCCGCCCGGGACCGCCGCUGCCUCCGCCCGGGAUCGCCGCCGCCUCCCGGAUCACCACCGCCUGCCGGAUCACCACCGCCGCCGCCUGUGCGGAUCAGCCGUGCCCGCAGCCGCCGCUUCCUCCCGGCUCGCCCUGCCCGGGAUCACUUCCGCGGAGGGCGGGGAGCGCCGGGCCCAGCCCCCGGGAGGAACGGGGCAGGCCCGGAGCGGCGUGGCCGAACGGGGCGCACCGGGAGCUGCUCGAGCCCUGGUGUGUGGUUCUGUUCAGCUGCAGAAUGAAGAGGAGCCGGGCGAGGCCGUGCCGGUGGUGAACGACGCCCCUCCGCCCUACAGCAGCAUUUCUGCAGAGAACACAGCUUACUUUGACUACAAGGAUGAGUCAGGGUUCCCGAAGCCGCCGUCCUACAACGUGGCCACCACUCUGCCCAGCUACGACGAGGCCGAGAGGAGCAAGGCUGAGGCCACCAUUCCCCUGGUUCCUGGCAGGGAUGAUGACUUUGUGACACGGGAUGACUUUGAUGACACUGACCAGCUGAGGAUAGGAAAUGAUGGCAUUUUCAUGCUGACUUUCUUCAUGGCAUUCCUCUUCAACUGGAUUGGAUUUUUCCUGUCUUUCUGUCUGACUACUUCAGCUGCAGGACGAUAUGGGGCCAUUUCUGGCUUUGGUCUGUCUCUUAUUAAGUGGAUCCUUAUUGUCAGGUUCUCCACCUAUUUUCCUGGUUACUUCGAUGGCCAGUACUGGCUUUGGUGGGUCUUCCUUGUACUAGGUUUUCUGCUGUUUCUCAGAGGAUUUAUUAAUUAUGCAAAGGUUAGGAAGAUGCCAGAUACGUUUUCCACUCUUCCCAGAACCAGAGUUCUCUUUAUUUACUAAAGAUGUUUUCUGGCAAAUGUCUUCCUGCAUUAGAGAAAUCCCCCCCAAGAAGCAGCAGGACACCUGCAGGAAGUGAAUCAAGGCUCUGGAGCAGAAGAAAAAAUAAUCACCUGCUUUAAAAUAAAUAAAUAAAAGUACUGUUGGAAAAAG